GCUCGCUCCAUCAGGGCUUUUACUCCUAAACCCUUAAAAUCGAUUUUGUUUUGGUUGCUCCCCCAAAUUUUGAUUCUUUGCGACUUUGGAUUCUCGUAAUUGAAUGAACAGAGAAGCGCAUUGUUGAAACAGUCGACGACCCUUUCAAUCUCUGCCGGCACUCAAAACGACGAGUCAGUCACUUGUAAGUUUGGAAAUUUUGAGAUUUAUCUCGAAUUGAUUCAGUUCGACGCACUGUGGUUAGUUAUUUAAUGUUUUCUAUGAUACUCCGUGGUACAAGGCUGGUCAAGUUACAUAAAUGUUGUAACUUUAGUGUUUCGGUAUCCGCAUUUUCCAAUUCCUUCUCCUCUGUUGCUGGUUGUCGAAAAGGAAAGAUUUUUACAGUCUCUUAUCUCAUUGAUUCAUUGAGUUUAACCACAAAACUAGCAGAGUCGAUCUCUAAGAAAGUUACCUUUGAGGACAAGGUCAAUCCUGAUUCUGUUCUGAGUCUGUUUAGAAGCUAUGGGUUCACAGAUUCUCAAAUCUCAAAUGUCAUUACGAAUUAUCCAGGAUUGCUUGUAGCAGAUGUUGAGAAAUCACUUGCUCCUAAGCUCCAGUUUUUGCAGUCCAGAGGAGCUUCAAGCUCUGAGCUUGCUGAGAUUGUUUCUUCAGUUCCUAAAAUCUUGGGGAAGAGAGGAGGCAAAACCAUUAGCGUAUACUAUGAUUCCAUCAAAGAGUUUAUAAAAGCCGAUAAGGGUUCCAAGUUGUGUCAUUCUUUGCCACAGGGUAGUAAGCAGGAGAAUAAAAUCAGGAAUGUAAUGGCUCUGAGAGAAUUGGGUGUGCCUCAGAAGAUGUUGUUUCAUUUGUUCAUCUCUGAUCACCAUGUCUGCUGUGGGAAAGAAAGAUUUGAAGAAUCACUCAAGAGAGUUGUUGAGAUGGGUGUUGACCCCACCACCUUAAAGUUCAUCGAAACUCUAAAAGUUGUUUACAGGCUGAGCGACAAAACGAUAAAAGAGAAAGUCAACAUCUGUAAAAGAUUAGGCUUUACCGGGGAAGAUGUGUGGGAGAUGUUCACCAAGUGUCCUUGCUUCCUGAAUAACUCGGAGAAGAAGAUAAUUCAGACAUUUGAAACCUUGAAGAAAUGUGGACUAGUGGAAGAUGAGGUCCUCUCAGUGUUGAAGAAGUUUCCAAUAUGCAUUUGUAUUUCAGAGCACAAGAUCUUGAACUGUAUGGAAACAUUUCUAGGUCUAGGGUUCAGCAGAGCUGAGUUCAUUACGAUGGUCAAGCACUUUCCUCCUUGCAUUGGAUUAUCUGCCGAGAUGGUGAAGAAGAAGGCUGAGUUUCUGGUGAAGAAGAUGAACUGGCCACGAAAGUUUCUGGUUUCAAACCCUUCGGUACUUGGAUACAACCUGGAGAAGAGGACUGUUCCUAGGUGUAACGUAAUCAAAGCUCUCAUGUCCAAAGGACUGCUCGGAGACACAGGAAGCAAACUCCCUUCAAUCGGGUCUGUUUUGAAGAGUACGGAUGAGAAGUUUUUAAAUAUGUUUGUGAUGAUGCACGUUGACAAGGAGCUUGUGGACGAGUUGAUGGCUAUCUUCAAUGGAGGUCGUGUUUCAUAUAGCAGGAAGCGUCAAGCAUUUUGCUAUCACUCAUCAUAGCCUGAAACCUUAAUUUAAAACUUUUGUAAUCUCAAGUUAAUCCGGCUUCUUUCUAUAUGUUGGAGUUGUUCUGUAAUUUGGCUCGUCUAUUGUUAGAUUUCAGUAUGAUCUCUCAGUGUAAAUUGGAUAA